AUGUCAAAAUUAAAUUAUGAUAAUUUUGAAUUUUUAUUGUGUAGUGUAAUUGAAAAUCCUUUGGUACAAUGGUCAAAAUUUAUUUCACUAGACGGGAAAAUAAAGCGAGUAAAAGACAAUUUACUAAAAAACGAUCGAGUAAUCGAAGUAAUUGGGAAAAGCGAGCGUAGUAACAGCAAAGAUUACAUACCGACUUCGCUGAUUUGUCCAGCAGAUCCCGAAGCUUCACUAGAUAUAAAGCUACCGGUUCUCGUGCUGGUCUUGAAAAAUCUUAAGCUCGAAGGGAAAAUCGAAUUCCAGAUUAUCGAUGAGUGCAAUUGCCGACGUCGUUUCGUCCUCGUGGCUAACACAGCACGUGAAAAAAUACAAAAGAUAACGGCAACAACAGCAUUUAUUCCUUUGGUACUUGCAGAUAAUUGGAAUAAAGUUGAAAUAAAUUUAAUUACUUUGUGCAAAGGCGUCUAUUCUACCGAUUAUAAGUCAUUUCAACGCAUUGUAUUGCAUCCUAAUUUCCGUUUUCGUCGUGUUUAUUUACAUGAUCAUCAUUAUCAGGACAAUGAUGACGCUAUCGGUGAACUUUACCAGGCACUAACUGAUUUAAAUUCAUUUAAAAAUAAAAAAAAAUCAAUUAAAGAUGAAUCUUCUCAAACGCAACCAAUAAUUAUCAAUUCUAAGCCAAAGAUUAAACUUAAAAAACGUAAAAAAUAAUUUAUUUGUUACGUUAAGU